AUGACACAACAACAAGAAGAAAAGUAUAUACAAAAGAAACGAAGCCAAACACAAAAUAUCAGAAAUUCAACACAAUUUACUCUCAUUCCUGGAACAAAAGUUCGUGUAGUUCUUGACGACAAACCGUUGACAAAGAAACGUUUAAGGUUAAGUCGAAAUUAUUAUAUAGUAGAUUCAACGCAAGGUAAUGGAUAUCUUAUAAAAGCUGCUGACGACUCCAUAGCAUUUUACCCUCGUCAUAAAUUAGUCGAAAGUAGUAAUGGCAAACUUGCUAAAACCAUUGACGAAGCAAAGCGAGGAGUGGUUAUUGAAAUACUUGGCUAUAACAUAAACGAUGACACUUAUAAAGUAAGAUAUGAAGGAGGCGUUGAAGAUGUUAUACCAUCUAAGAACUUGAGAGAGUCGAAGCCAACACAUCUGGGACCAUUAGAGCGGGAGUACUGGAAAGACAAAAAUAAGCCAGAAAGAAUAAGAAAAUUCUUCUAA